AGUUGCCGUUGAACUGUUGAAAAAGAAGCAGAAGGAGAAGAAGCUGUUCUCGCUGCCUCCUCCCCUGAACCAGCAGAGAGGCUCCAUUUUGUUUCGGUUUGUGAGUUUGCAGUCACUGUCGACAGCCUGUCUGCCCCCCUUAAAAAAAGAAAAAAUAUCAUUAAACCCACCUAAAAGAUAACAGACAAACAUGAGUGGAUGUCGUAUUUUCAUCGGUCGUCUGAGCCCCUCUGCCCGAGAGAAGGAUGUGGAGAGGUUCUUCAAAGGGUACGGCCGCAUCCGAGACAUCGACCUCAAGAAGGGUUUCGGCUUUGUGGAGUUUGACGACCCCAGAGAUGCCGAGGAUGCUGUUUAUGAGCUUGAUGGCAAAGAGCUGUGCAAUGAAAGGGUGACCAUCGAGCACGCUCGUGUACGCCUGCGAGGUGGCCGCGGCAGAGGAGCCGGUGGCGGUGGAGGACGUUUCUCUGAUCGCUAUGGCCGAGGCUCCCAGAGCAGUCGGAGUCGAAACCCUCCUCCGAUGCGCACUGAGAACCGACUGAUCGUGGAGAACUUGUCCUCUCGUGUCAGCUGGCAGGACCUGAAAGAUUUCAUGAGACAAGCUGGAGAGGUGACAUUUGCAGACGCACAUCGCCCCAAAGUCAACGAAGGGGUUGUUGAGUUUGCCUCUUACAGUGAUCUGAAAAACGCCCUUGAGAAACUGUCUGGAAAGGAAAUGAAUGGCAGGAAAAUCAAGCUCAUUGAGGCAGCCAAGAAGAGGUCGAGAAGUCGUUCCCGGUCUGAGAGCUCCUCUCGCUCGCGGUCCCGUUCUCGCGGUCGCUCUCCGUCUCGUUCCCCCAGACGUUCCCGCAGCCCCGCCAAAGCCCACAACCGUUCCCGCUCUCGCUCCGGCUCCCCUGCCGGCGGCGCCUCCUCCCCGACCGCCAAGUCGAAGGAGCCCGCAAAGCGUUCCUCCAAAACGAGCAAGUCCGCCACUCCGCCCUCCCCUCUACCGGCUCAGAGGGCCUCCGUCUCCCGUUCCCGCUCACGCUCCCGCUCUCGUUCCCGCUCUCGCUCUCCUUCCACCGACAGCCAGCGUUAAAAACCCCAGCCGUGUUUAAGUUUAACCAGUCAUCAGUAGGAACGACUUGUUCCAGCGGUAGAUUCAGCUUGGAUGAGUUGGCACACUGGAGCUCCCCUGAAAGACGUGAGUUUUGUUCAAGUUAAGUUUUUUUUUUUUCUCCCCCUGGAUUGUUUUCAUCGCUGCGCUCAAGUUUUUCCACAUGUAAAACAGGUAUGUUCUCAGACAGGAACAACGAGAUCCAAGUCAAAUGUUUUGUCACAAUUUUUUAAACUCAUUAACUAAAAGAGAAGACACUUCGUUACACAGUAAUGCUGUUUUGUGUCGUCGCCCUCAUUACCCAUCCAGGUUUGACUCGCGUAUGUGUGACUCUUCACCUCCCAGUUUAGUGCCCAGGUCCGGUCUCACUGAUGUUGGGGCUCGUAAAGUUCGUAACUCUCUACACUUUGAAGACGAAAUCUGUAUUUUUCAGCAGUCCAGGAUGCUUUUGAUAAGUCGCGUGACCACUUUCUUUACUUCUUUGCGAUACUUUUGUUUAUUUCGCUCGUCAGUGGGAGAAUUUUUUAAAUCACAUUUUCGUCCUUAUUGCUCACCUUUUUUUUUUCCUUUUCCAAAAGUCCUUUCACAUCUUUUCCCGUAUUUUCUGACCUGCUGUACCUACCACAGCUGGUGUGUGUGUCUGUGUGUGUGUGAUAUCUAUAACUUAGAAUGUUUGCAUGUGCUUUUGUUUGAUCAAAAUUUAGACUUAUUGAAAAUGUUUUAUUUGUGCUUAAAGCUCAAAUACAAACCAUCAGUACUCUGAUUGGCAGCUUCAGUAUUAGGACACUGUACGGUUGCAGCAGUUGGAACAGCUGCCGGGUAAAUUCAUUUUAUGGAUCUUAAAUUUCCUUGCAGUUGACUGUUUAAAUUUGUUCAGUGAUGAGGACAAGGUCAACACUUUAAUUUCAACACUUUGAAACGGUGUUGCUCACAGAAUGCAGUUUAUUCUAGCGUAAUUUUAUUUUAUCAUUGUGUUGGGUUUCGUGUACAGCAUUGCAGACUUUCUGUUUUACAUACGUGUGUAAAUUCCAAGAACACUUGUUGGUACUGUGACUGAUGUUACUGUGGUUCAAAUGAAUGUGUGGACAAGAGUUUGGAAAAAUGCAACUUUUUUUUUUUUUGUACAUAAGGAUUUUAUUUUCAGUGGAAAACCUAUGAUGGAUGUUUGUAUGGUGUAGGAAGACAAUGAACUUAAACAAUAAAACAAUUUUAACUAAA